AUGAAUGUGCCUCUGAAGUCUCCGAAAGAAAAGCUGAAGCAGCUUUCCUCGUUAUCCUCCAUCAAUGGGCAGUACGUCUUAAAGCAGUUAAUCGGCCAGGGCUCGUUUGGCGACAUUUUUGAGGGUUACGAUAAGCGAAACAACACGUUGGUGGCCGUCAAGGUUGAGAAGAAGAGCAUUGCCUACCCACAGCUCGAAUACGAAAGCAAGGUCUACCACCUGCUUCAUCAGCCGCCGUUGGAUAUCUCCGACAUAUUCCCCUGCUCCUCAGACCCUACGGGGUACGAGGAUGAAUAUGAUUGUAACUCCAGCCUGAGGUUUCGCCACCCGCCGAAGAAGAAACCCUUCGUCGCGGUUGGCAUCCCCGCCGUCUAUUGCUUUAAAAACGAGAGCGAUUACAACGUGAUGGUGAUGGAGCUGUGCGGUCCGUCACUGGAGGAUCUUUUCAACUACUGCCAUCGCCGCUUCUCCCUAAAAACGGUGCUGAUGCUUUCGGAGCAGAUGCUGAAUCGGGUGGAGUACAUCCACGAGCGGGGGUUGAUGCAUCGCGAUAUCAAAACCGACAAUUUUGUGUUCGGCACCGCGAAGAAAUCGCACAUUCUCCACCUCAUCGACUUCGGGCUCUCCAAGUUAUACUGGGAUAAUCGACGGCAGGUGCAUAUUUCGUUCGUCGAUGGCAAACCCCUCACGGGAACGGCGCGCUACUGCAGCAUCAACGCGCAUCGCGGCUACGAGCAAAGCAGACGGGAUGAUUUGGAGUCGAUUGGGUACGUCUUGGUUUACCUCCUGAAAGGUUCUCUGCCCUGGCAAGGCCUGCAGGAUCAGGAUCGCCACUUCAAAUCAAUCAAAAUUGGCGAGAAGAAGAUCGCGACGUCGCCGGAGGAGCUCUGCAAAGGGCUCCCUAAGGAGUUCCUCGAGUACUGCCGCUACUGCCGCAACCUCAGCUUCCAGGAGAGGCCGAAUUAUCGAUACCUGCGCGGGUUAUUUCGCAGAUUAGGCAAGCAGAUGGGGUAUACGUGCCCGCGGGGGUGGGGGGCGACGAAAGGGGGCAUGAAAUCCCCCCAAACGGAGCUCUCUGAGCUCGGAAAGGAGGAAGUGAAGAAGAACGAAAAGGAAAAGGAAAAUGGAAACAGUAACGAGAACGGGAACAGGAACGAGAACGAGAACGAGGGCAAAAGUGAGGGGAUGGUGAAGGAAAAUCAGGAUGAGAAGGAGAAGGAAGGUGGGGAUGAGUUGACAAACAUGGUGGGCUCAUCGAUGCCCCCGAUGGUGAACGACUCCGUUCUGACGAACUUCGUGCGGGACCAUUCGAUAUUGGGCAAGGUUCCGGGCGCCUCGCUCGCGAGCUCGAUGAAGAUGGCAAACGCACCCGUCUUCAGCCCGAGUGAGAGCCCGAUGGGGCAGGAUCCACGUAGUGUGGGGUUUGAAUCCCUCGAAAGGGUCGAGCCGCAGCGUCGACAAGGAUAUUACGACUGGAUGUUCGACUGGUUCGACAAACGCCAGCGCGAAAUACGACGAGGUACCGAUGGGGAUGCCUCUUAG